AAAAAAUGGAUGACGCCGAGUUGAAUGCGAUUCGACAGCAACGACUUGCUGAGCUCCAGAGUCAGGGCUACGGGGGUGGCCAAGGCCAAGGGCAGGGAGGGCCUUCACCCGAGCAGCAAGAGGAAAUGCAAAGGCAGGCCACUGAUCAGAAGAACUCCAUUCUUUCUCAAGUAUUAGUUCAAGAAGCAAGAGCUAGAUUAAACACCAUAGCUGUUACUAAACCAGAUAAAGCAAGAGCUGUAGAAGGCAUGUUGAUACAAAUGGCCAGAUCUGGACAGAUAUCUCCUGCUAAUAAGUUGAAAGAUGACCAGUUAAAACAGUUGUUGACAGAAGUGAGUCAACGAACACAGAAGUGCACAACAGUUAAGUUUAACAGGAGGCGUGUGGACAGUGAUGAUGAUGACUACUAAAGCACUCUACAUCGGAUACUUGUGACAACUAUCUGACAAGACCAGGCAGUCUAGGCUGACGAGCCCUGGUGGUCUAAGCUGAAUGGUUGUGACUUCAGACUGAAAAUGUCACAACUGGCUAAAACGUUCAGGUGGUCGGAUGGUUGUGACACUUGACACAAUGGGUGAUAUGAAUAAAGAGUAGUAAAUGCUUUUAUCUAAAACUCCAUGUACAUUUACACUUGGCCUUUCUGUACAAAAUUGAAGUAAAAGCAUUUGCUAGCCUUUAUUCAUAUCACCCAUUAUCAGAUGGUCUUUUCAAAUGGAUUGUUUUGGCUGCUGACAGAUGAUUAUGUGGUCUUUACUCGAUGGUUGUGGCAACUGAGACGAGAUCAGAUGGUCUGCUCUUUACCAAAUAUGAUAUUCACUCUGUGAUUCACAGAUAUUGGCGUUUUAUACUGCAGCAAACAGCAAAUGUGCUAACCUUAUUUAUAUGCCGUAGUUUUUUGGUUGGGAGAAGUGUGAUGGUCCAUUAAUUGAAGAACUAAUGAUAAAUGAUGAAUACAUAUACAUAUGUACUCUGUACAAUUCAUUUUACUAAUCUCAGUUUGACAAGAAAAUAGGACAAUUUGUGGUGACAAUAUUUCUUGGACAAAAACAGGUUAUUUUCUGAUAAGAGUGCACUCCACGAAAUGUGGUUAAUUUUACUUGCUUGAUCGAAGUAAGGCAUCGUUAUCGUUGGAUUUUGAUUUCUAUGAGAUCAGUUUCUAAAAUAAUGUAGUUUGAUAUGCUCAUUAGCCAGUAAUAUUUUUACCCCAUUCUAACACAACUGAUUCUUGUAAGAUUCGGGAGUUUUUCAAAUUCUUUGAGCGAAAUCUUAGAUUUAGAUGAAUUGCUUAACUAGUUUGUAAUAGGAGUGCCAUUGCUAUAGUAUGACAGCGAGCUAGAGGGGAUUUGACAUUACAAAGUAUUGUCUGUCUACUGUAAAAACUAAAUUAACCUAACAGUUGUUAUCAAAAUCCUAUGUGCAUUGGCCAAGUCCUAUCUUUUUGUUUGUGUGAUAAAAUUUUGAAAUACAUUUAUAUCAACCACA